UAACAGUUGACAUUGAAACAUCAUGAUUUACUUCCUCCCAGACAGCGCGUCAGCCAACUGGUUUUGGUUUCUAGUCUUCUGAGCACGAGAGAUGCAAUAUCGGCUUUAUCAGAGCAGGACAUUCAAAAGAAAACAGGAAACAAGAAAACGAUCUCGUAUCGAAUAUGUACAAGGUGAGCACUCUGGUGUCCACUUGGAGUCCCGGGACAGCUGUUUGUGUAUAGAUUAGGAUAAAGUAGGAUUGCGCAACAUCAGCAAACAUUUCUCCAGAGAACACUGAAAUCCAUGUGCAUUUACACAUUUUCAAGUGUAUAUCAACCCAGACUCGUCAGACAAGUAUGACUCCAGGGAUGUGGACAGGUUAUGGAAGGAUGAUGUUUUGGUUGACGGUUAUCUGGAGUGGCGCCACUUUGUGGUGGAGGACACCUUGAAGAUGAUCGAUGAGAGUCUUCAGUGGAGAAAAGAAUUCAAACAGAAUGGUGGAUUGACCUUUGCCUUUACAGGGACUUGAUGUCAACCAGUGGCCUUGUCCCAUACUGUAUAGCUGUAUUAAUUAAUAUAUAGCUCCAACAAAGAACAGUAGAAUAGCUUGGCUAGGACACGUACCCUGUUAUUGGGCAUUCUUGAAAAUUGCUGACAAACUUCCACUGGUUGAACAUGAUGGUGUUGAUAAGAUGUUUCCUGAUUUGAAAUGUCUUCAUGUAAUGAAUAGUGCUUUAUAAGUAUAAUAUGUAUAAUGAUGUAUUAUUAUUAUUAUUAUAGACAGCAUUGAUAGUCCAGUUUGAUUCAUGUUUUUAAUAUCCCUUUCUCUUCCAUACAUCAUGAAAGCUCUGUUCAAAGUCUCUAUUUGAGUCUGGCAUGCAUUAUCUCCACGGCUAUGAUGAAGAUUGCAACAAACUGUGUAUGUAUUUAAAUAAUAAUAAUAAUAAUUAAACACGGACAAUCAAGAAGGUUCAGAAAUGUUGUUUCUGAGACCUAACUUAUGGCCACCCUCAUCAUUUUAUCUCUUGUAAAAGCCUCAUCUUCUGGGGUGCUGUGAUCAUUUUUCCAUCCAUCUCACUAUUCAGAUUGUAGUUUCCUGAUUCAAAUUAGGAUUGGGAUUGGCAAUCUUGUGUUUUUGUAUGGUGGAUUACAGUUAGUCUUUUUGAGCUAUUUGGGUAUCUGCCUUGAAGGCGACUGAGGUUUGCUUGUAUGUUGUCUGCCCAGUCUGGUUCAGGGCUAAGUUGCACAUGAAGGAUGUGAAGAUGUUGACGGAGAAGAAAAUGUACGUGGCCUUCUGGUUGGAGAGCUACGCCCGGCGGGAACCGGGGAUUCCCCUCACAGUGAUCUUUGACAUGUCCGAAGCGGGUCUAAACUGCGUUGUAAGAUGUCUGCUCUCCUCUCAUUCCCCUCUAGCUGAUUUGUUUUGUGGAACUUGGUAUCAAUGUCCAAACAUUGUGUUAACAAGUCACUGAAUGGAUCUUUACACACUAAUGCUUGUCUUUUGGUUUCCUUUUAAACUACCGUUGGGAAGACACUAAGGUAAACCUGAACUUUCCUCACCUAUUCUAUACUCAUUCAUGUUCUGUUAUUUAUUUUCCAUAUUAUGUACUGUGCAUGACAAGCAGAAACAUGUGGUAGAUGGCGAGCUCUGAAAUACUAGAUGCUGACUAUUAAAUGUAUUAUUGCAUUUUUCUCUCUGAGUGGUUUCUUAGGAGCCUAAGACAGUAUAAACAGUAGCAUUGUCUGGAGUACAUUGAGACAAAGUAGAGUUGCCCAAUCUGGGUCAUGCCUUAGCUUGGGGCUCAAAAUAUGUCAUGAGACAUACAGUACAGCUAUGUGCUUUCAAAACAAGUUUAUCCUCACAUGCCGGGUUGAAACAUUUAUUGGUUUAUUUGUUGAAAAUAUUUGAACAAUAGGAAUUCUCUCUUUUCUUUUCUCUUGUAGGACAUGGAUUUGAUCAAAUAUAUAAUCAAUUGCUUCCAGGUGUAUUACCCUAGAUUGUUCUGUAAGUAUCCCUUUCUUCUGGUGGGCUUCCGUCACAUGUACUCGUAUGAGAGCACCCUUGUUUGUGUUUUGCCACAGGUGCGGACCACAGCCCCAGAGAAUUACAGGGUGAAGCCAAGCAGUAGCAGUUGUGGGGCGGGCGAGAGUAUGGAAAUCACUGUGUCCCUGCAUGGAGGGUUCCUGUGCUCUCCUCAGGAUCGCUUCUUAAUCAUGGCUGCUGAGAUGGAGCCACGUAGCAGUGGGGGGAGCACAGACCUCGCCCAGUUCUGGAAGGGCGUCCCAAAGGCUAAAAUAAUGGAGCACAGGCUGCGGUGUCGCAUGCUGGAGGACAUCAAGUCGGCACUCAGCCCUUUGACUGACAGGUCUCACAAAAUGGAGAUCAAUGGCUACCAAGACAAGCACACCAUGGUCUUUCAGUAGAUGGCCAGCAGCUCCAGGCUGGGACAGAAGAUGGACUGCUGCCUGUGGUGGCAGAAGCUCUUGACUGUACUGGUGACUGCACUGACGGCCUUGGGCUUCUCCGCCCUCUACAUACAGUACACUGGGGAGUGGCCAUUUUGAAACUUUCCUACAGUGGAGGAAGAAGACCAAAGACCAGUUACAGUGGAGUCAGGAUGAAAGUGGAUUUCUGAUUGGAGCAGAAAUAUGAGGAACUACUCGCAAUCCACUCUAUGGCCUUUGGACACUGAAUUUAAUUAUAUUUCCACACUAUCAGGUUGGAAUAAUACUGUGAAAUUAUGAAAGUAAUAAUAAUGCCCUUUUAGUGUAAGAGCUGUUUGAGUGGGUGAUGGCUAGAAGGGAUCUAGCUUUUGUCUUGACUUUUCGUAGCAGGUUAGGAAAAUUAGGUUAUGGUUGGAAACUUUUUACAUUAAUUUGACAAAAGCUGGAGCCCUUCUCGCCAUGACCGUUUUGAUGAUAUGGAGUUUUAGCCUAUCUGGUGACCAUGUUUUCAGUUAAAAUCACAGUAAGCUACUUAAUUGUUACCCAGAAAAUGAUUUGAUAUUGAGAUAAAAACAGCUGCAUUGGUCCUUUUCAACCUAUCUUCUGAAUUAUGUCUAACUAUAACUAUUUACUAUGGGUUUAUAUGAAUGCAAGACCAUGGAUAUAAUUUUAUAGCCAACAUGUCAUCUUGGUGUUUUCACAGUGUAAUUUACGUUGUUACAUUACAUUGGAACAGUCCUGUAGCAUUUCCCCUCAAUUCAGCUGAAGAAGCAGAACCAGCCAAAUACCUACAUGUACUCUAUGAAAUAAACACAUUUAUU